UAUAAUGGCAACUUUGGAUGAUAAACUGCUUGGAGAAAAACUCCAGUACUAUUACAGUAGUAGUGAGGAUGAAGACAGUGAUAAAGAGAAUGAUUCAACUAUCCAAAAUCCAACUGCUUCACAGCCAGAGUAUUGCAGCGAUCAGACUGUUAAUACAGGUCCAAAGGGCGUACUUAAUGACUGGCGUAGAUUCAAAAAGUUGGAGUCUGAGCAGCUUGAAGAGCAGAAGUAUGAAAUGGAGAGACUUAUUAAGAAGUUGGCUGUGACCUGCAGGUCACACUUGGAUGAUGAAAAAGAUGAGAAAAAGCAGCAAGAACUCAGGGAAAAAAUUAGCAGCCGGAUGACCCUUCAGGAGUACAGUAUGCUUCAGGUAUCAGAAGAUGAUGAGGAAUUUUUGCAGCAGUAUAGAAAACAACGUAUGGAAGAGAUGCGGAAACAGCUGUCAAGUAAGAAACUGUUUGAAAAGGUUUACGAACUUGCCAGUCCAGAAGAGUUCUUGAAUGCCGUAGAUAAAGAACAUAAAAGCACCACUGUUAUGAUUCACAUUUAUGAGACUGAUAUUCCUGGCUGCGAAGCUCUGGCUGGAUGCAUGCUGUGUCUGGCUGCAGAAUACCCACUAGUUAAAUUCUGCAAAAUACAAAGUUCUGUUAUUGGCACUAGUGAGAGGUUUACAGAAAAUGCAUUACCAACAUUGCUGAUUUAUAAGGGAGGAGAACUAAUAGGGAACUUUGUACGCAUAACUGACCAGCUGGGUGAGGACUUUUUUGCAGUUGACCUGGAAGCAUUUUUACAGGAAUGCUGCCUUUUGCCAGAAAAAGAUGUUGUUACUGGUUCCAUCCAUGGUACUUUGGUGCCUGAUAGUGAAGACAGUGACUUGGAUAUAGAUUAAGGCUAAAAGAGUAAUGUAUACCUGAUUGAAAUUGUUUAAGCACUAAUGUUAGAACUGUAUUUUCAAGAUUUCCAGUUAAAAUAUGGAAACAUAGUGGAGGAAUGGCAUUUUAUCUGUUAAAUAAUGAAGCUGUAGCCAGCAGUGGAAUAUUUUUAAAUAACCAGUUAAUAUUUAUUGAAAACUUGUUCUUUUUUUACCUUUAUAAAAGUCUGUUUGUGCAACACACAUUACACAGUGUCAUUCUCACUGUAACUUUCUAAAGGAUUGCCGCGCUUGUAAUCUGCACCGUUUUUUUAGUUUGCAUUUCUAUAACAGAAGGAUUUUUUUUAAUGGCGCAGUAAAAUAAUUUGUUUCAGAAGUAUUCUCAUGUUUUAUAUAAUUGUUCCAAUUUUUAAUAACAGUACAUUGAACCAUGUUUGUUAACCAGGUUGGACCCCACUAGACAAAGUUGAAAUUGGUCAAAAUAAAGUGCCAAUGGUCACUUCAUUUGAAGGCUGUCAGACUUUUAAACCCAGAUGUAAAAGAUGUAGCUAUUUACCUCUAUUCUUAGCCUCAUCUGUACUGCAGUGUAGUUUACUAGUUUGAAGUCUGUCUCCUGUCUUAAUAGGUGCGAGACUUGAACCAUGUAUACAUUUUAGUGGCUAACAGCUGCUGGGAAUUAAGUAGCUAACCUAAACAUUUUAGUGUAAUGCACUAUGGUUAGAACUCAUUCAUAUUCUUGCUGUCCAUCCAUUUUUUAUCUUUCUAUAACUUGUAGUGGGCAGAUAAGGCCAGUUUGAUCAAACUCAGCACUUUUAAUGUAGUAAGCAUUAUAGUUGAGUUAAAAGUGUGAAGGUGUAUUUUGGAGACUGUUUUAUUUAUAAUUCACAAUGCUUGCAUUUAGUAUGUAACAAAGACAAAACUGUAUGCUUUCUCGAGUGUUUUUGGUAAUUUGGAGUGAACACUAGGAAUGUUGGUGUUGGCAUAUAAUCAGAAUCCUGGCAUUACUUGCAUACAGUGUAACCUGUGUACUGUUGCAUUACAGGUAAUAUGUUUAAACUAACGUCAACACAUCAUUAACAGUUUAACCCUUUUUCUAUAUUAAUCGAUAAGAUCACCUCAGACAGCAUUUUAUAUUUUGUUGGAAAGCUCAGAGGCCAUUAGCCAUGCAAAUAGCACACAUCUAGCCCAUAAUUGUUCGUAUACAUUUCACUUGUGUCAUAUGACUAAUAGUUUGCAAUCAACUUUACAGUUCUUGUUUUAUGCAAACCAAAAGAGUGAUGUGAAAAGUAAAAGUUUUGUAGUGUUUUUGUUCUGUUUUGGUAAGCAGCAAGGAAAAGAAAUGUUCCUCUAAUCAUCUCGAUGUAUAUAGCUGUAGCACACUGCAUUAAAAUGAUGUAGAGCACUGCAGUUGCAAGCUGUGAUACAAAUAGGAACUUAUUUUAAAAAUUUAAACUAUUUCAAGCAUUGGUUGGACAAAUGUAUGUUUUGGGUAUCCUGAAAUCAGAAAUAAGGUGAAGCCUAAUGUGAAAAAAAUGCAUUUUUAUUUGCGAUUUAUAGUCUGCAGUGUUUCAGCACUGUUGUGCAGUUGCAUAGACAGUUCGUUAUGUGAGUACAAGAAAAAGUUAGCAUAGCCAUGGGUUACAGCUGGUUGAUUUGUGUUAAAAUAAAAUCUUCCAAAAAUGGGAUAAUUAAAGGAUGUAUGUUUGUGUGAUGUUAUAGUUUAUGCGUAAUCCAUUCCAUUUAAUAUAAAUACAUUUAAAUAACUAAUUUAUUAGUGUAACGUAAAAUAUUUCUUUCCCUAUCCUCAUGUUAAAAGAAUGAAUUAUUACUGCUCAUUUACAUUGCACUAUCAUUUUGUGACUGCUUUUAUACCUUUUAGAUAUUUUUUAUACUUACAGUACUUCAUUUGGGCGUUAUAAUAAAAGCACAAGUAUGGAAAGAAAA